GGCAAAAGUUGGCGCCAAAUAUUUCUUUCCCUAGCUAGUGAAUUCCACUUAAACAGCAUCCUCUUUCACUCAUUUACUCUCUCUCUCUCCUCAAUUUCAAAAUGCAGCGACAAAGAUCAAUUCUAUCUUUCCUCCAGAAACCAUCCGCUGCGAAUCAGGGUUCCGGCGCUGGAGAGAAGAUAGAAAGGAGCGGAGCUAUUCAGUUUCCCGAGAAACUACAGAACCGAAAUGACGCCAUUUUGAAACGUCCUGUUGUCCAUGACGUAGUGCAUUCAUCUCUAGAAAUCAAAGGAACAGAUACUCCGCCGGAGAAAGUGCCGCGUCAGGUUUUUCCGGCUGUCUUCAAGGCGGAUAAAGCGACGAAUGGUUCUUUAUUUUCGAGUAUUAUGCAUAAGUUUGUGAAAGUUGAAGAUCGAGAAAAUGCCAGUGGGAGGAACCAUGGCUCCGCUGCUUCCUCUGAUGUUAGCUCCAUAUCUACUGAUGUUAAAGGAAGGUCUAAGCACGAAGUCUCUGUUCAACCUUGUGGAAGAGACAAUAGUUUUAGUUCCAAUGUAGUAGAAGUGGCUUCUCGACCUUCCGGACAGGAAAAUGGUUUUAGUUCCCGUAGGGUACUUGAUGGGGGACGUGAACUAGAAAUUGGAUGUGAUGAUGGUGUUUUUGGUCCCAAAACACCAGGUAUGCAACGUUGUGUUCCUCGCUUGAAGAGAAUCCAGGACGAUGGUUCCAAGUUUGGGGGUAAGGGCCAUUGUUUGAUUGAUUCCAGCAAAAGAAGUAGACUACUUGAAGACACAGUUUCUGGGAAAAAGAAUCAUCUGGAAGAAGCUGAUUCAGUUAGCAAAUUUGAAUGGCUUGAGCCUGGUCGAGUUAAGGAUGCUAGUGGAAGAAGACCUGAUGACCCCCUUUAUGACAAGAGGACGCUUUACAUACCGCCUGAUGCUUUGAAGAAAAUGUCAGCGUCCCAAAGACAAUAUUGGACUGUCAAAUGUCAAUACAUGGAUGUUGUGCUUUUCUUUAAAGUGGGUAAGUUCUAUGAGCUCUAUGAGCUGGAUGCAGAAAUUGGACAUAAAGAGCUUGACUGGAAGAUGACUAUUAGUGGUGUGGGGAAAUGUCGGCAAGUUGGUAUAUCGGAAAGUGGGAUUGAUGAUGCAGUCCAGAAGCUAGUUGCUCGUGGGUACAAAGUUGGCCGGAUGGAGCAGUUGGAGACUUCUGAUCAAGCAAAAGCCAGAGGUGCAAAUUCUGUAAUUGCUAGAAAAUUAGUCCAUGUGGUCACUCCAUCAACGACAACUGAUAGUAGCAUUGGGCCUGAUGCUGUUCACCUUCUUUCCAUAAAAGAGGUGAAGAAUGAGUUGGAUAAUGGUUCAGUUGUCUAUGGGUUUGCUUUUGUUGAUUGUGCUGCUUUAAGAAUUUGGGUUGGUUCCAUCGAAGAUGAUGCAUCUUGUGCUGCUUUGGGGGCUCUAUUGAUGCAAGUGUCCCCAAAGGAGGUUAUAUAUGAAGGCAGAGGGCUGUCCAAAGAAGCUCAAAAAGCACUCAAAAAGUAUUCAUUAACCGGGUCUACAGCUGCACAAUUGACAUCAUCACUGCCAGUUGACUUUGUGGAUGCUUCUGAAGUUAGAAAUAUGAUUCAGAUGAAGGGAUUUUUUAAAGGGACUUCUAACUUAUGGCACUGUGCUCUUAAUGGGGUAACACAUGAGGAUCUUGCUUUAUGUGCUCUCGGUGGACUAGUUGAUCAUCUAUCCAGGUUGAUGUUAGAUGAUGUAUUGCGGAAUGGAGAUAUUUUACCAUACCAUGUUUAUACUGGAUGCCUUAGAAUGGAUGGGCAGACAAUGGUAAAUCUUGAGAUAUUCAAUAAUAGUGCUGAUGGUGGCCCUUCAGGUACAUUGUACAAGUAUCUUGAUAAUUGUUUGACUACAUCUGGUAAGCGACUUUUAAGGAGCUGGAUCUGCCAUCCGCUGAAAAAUGUUGACAGCAUCAAUAGCAGGCUUGAUGUAGUUGAAGCUCUGAUGGCACAUUCAGAAAUACUGCAGCUCGUUUCCCAGUCUCUUAGGAAACUUCCUGAUUUAGACAGGCUUCUUGGACGUGUUAAAGCCAGUAUUCAGUCAUCAGCUACUCUUUUACUGCCGAUGGUUGGCAAAAAAGUGCUGAAACAGCGAGUAAAAGCAUUUGGCUCUCUUAUUAAAGGUCUCCGUAAUGGAUUAGAUUUGUUGAUGCUUUUACAGAAGCAAGGGCAUGUUAUCUCUUUAUUACAUAAAGUUUUUAGACUUCCGAUGCUAGGUGGUAAUGAUGGGCUUGAUAAAUUCCUUGCUCAAUUUGAAGCAGCUAUAGAUAGUGACUUCCCGGAUUACCAGAACCAUGCUGUAACAGACAAGGAUGCUGAGAUACUGUCAAUACUGAUUGAAUUAUUUACUGAGAAAGCUACUCAAUGGUCUGAAGUCAUUCACGCCAUCAGUUGUAUUGACGUGCUAAGAUCUUUUGCGGUCACCGGAAUUACGUCAUCUGGUGCCAUGACUAGACCUGUUGUUUUGCCUGAAUCAAAGUUUUCUACUUUGAACCAAGAAACAAGAGGACCAGUACUAAGAAUUGGAAGGUUGUGGCAUCCAUUUGCUCUCGGGGAGAAUGGAGCACUGCCUGUCCCAAAUGACAUACUUCUUGGUGAGGAUUCAGAUGGCUGUCAUCCCUGUUGUUUGUUAUUGACUGGACCUAAUAUGGGUGGGAAAUCAACUCUUUUACGUGCAACAUGUCUAGCUGUUAUACUUGCACAGUUGGGCUGUUUUGUGCCCUGUGAAAUGUGCAUCCUCUCACUUGUAGAUAUUAUUUUCACAAGGCUUGGUGCUACUGACCGUAUCAUGACAGGAGAGAGUACCUUCAUGGUUGAAUGUACAGAAACAGCUUCAGUUCUUCAAAAUGCUACUCGAAAUUCUCUAGUUCUUCUUGAUGAACUGGGUCGAGGAACAAGUACUUUUGAUGGAUAUGCCAUUGCAUUUGCUGUAUUUCGUCAUCUUGUUGAAAAGGUUAACUGCCGGUUACUAUUUGCAACACACUAUCAUCCUCUCACGAAGGAAUUUGCUUCACAUCCACGUGUUACACUGCAACACAUGGCCUGUGCUUUUACGACAGAGUCAAAAGGCUGCUCAAGAAGUAACAGUGAACUGGUUUUUCUUUACCGCCUUACUGCCGGAGCUUGCCCAGAGAGUUAUGGACUGCAAGUGGCAAUCAUGGCUGGGAUUCCAGAACAAGUUGUUGAAGCUGCUUCACAGGCAGCCAGGGUAAUGAAAAAAUCAAUUGGGAAGAAUUUCAGGUCAAGUGAACAGAGAUCGGAGUUCUCAACUCUUCACGAGGACUGGCUGAAGAACCUGAUGAAUAUCUCCCAACUCCCCGAGUUUAGUCUUGAGGAGGAUGAUGAUGCGUAUGACACAUUGUUUUGCUUGUGGCAUGAGGUCAAGAAUUCACAUAGGUUGAGCAAUUGAAGUGCCGGAAAGGGUUAGGGUUGCAUUGUAGAGGUUCUAGAUUUGAAAUGAUUAUGUAUAUUACAUUCCUAUCCUCUGCCUAUAGCGGUGUUGCUUGGCUAACUGGUUCCUGUAAAUUUGGUUUUUAAAGUGCCCAUUGAUUAAUUCUGUUAUGUUUUGAGGGGAUCACGUAGAGGAAAGCUUUUUGCUUUGGAUCAUGGAGGUAUGGUUAGGCAACGCCGCAUUUUUCUGUACGGUCUGAACAUCAAAAUAAUUAGAUAUUGACACCUCGGGGUUUUGUAUUA